UGACCAAUACAGUAACAGAAACAAGGCGUCAGUGUUCGCCCGCCAUUCUCUCGACGCCAUCUUGAACUGUGCUUGAGCAUAUGAUCGUUGUGUACUUCCAACAAAAUCGCGUUUAAAUUGUAAAUUUUUGCUUAAAUCUUAUUAAAAGUAAAAAAUGGCACGUACCAAGCAGACUGCUCGUAAAUCAACCGGAGGAAAGGCUCCGCGUAAACAGUUGGCGACAAAAGCGGCGCGAAAAUCAGCGCCCAGCACUGGGGGGGUAAAGAAGCCCCAUCGUUAUCGUCCUGGUACAGUGGCUCUCCGAGAAAUCCGUCGUUACCAGAAAUCUACUGAGUUGCUUAUUCGUAAGCUGCCGUUCCAGCGACUCGUGAGAGAAAUCGCUCAAGACUUCAAGACUGACCUUCGGUUCCAGUCUGCCGCCAUCGGUGCAUUGCAGGAAGCCAGUGAAGCCUACCUGGUCGGCCUCUUUGAAGAUACCAACUUGUGCGCCAUUCAUGCCAAGCGUGUAACCAUUAUGCCUAAAGACAUCCAGUUGGCCAGACGGAUCCGUGGCGAGCGGGCUUAAAUAAUUAGAUAUAGCGUUAAUGUACUCUAUGAUAAAUUAUUCUUAAUUCGAAUAGACAUAAUUUCUAUAACAUUUUUUUAUUGUAAUGUUUCCCAUUAUGUAAUUCAUCUUAAUUAAACUUCAUAAUGUAAUCAUUAUUGUUAAGGCGGCAGAACUGAUUUUGUUUUUUUUUUAUAAAUAUGUUUGUAAUUUGUAAGUUAGACUGUGUUUGUACAAGAUAUAGCUAGCUCCGCUAGACUUUAGUUGGUUUUGAGAUCAUAACACCUUUUAGCAUUUGUGUCUUGUGCAAGGACAUAAAAAUAUUUAGUGACUUGUGGUAUGUAUAGAGAUUAGGAAAUUUUGACCGUAACUGUGAGUUCAUUUGGAAUAAUGCACUGUACUUGUGUAAUUAAGAUACUUGGUGUUAAAUAAAUUAAUUAGAAUAUA